AUGGGCACCUCUUCCCUCCUGGAGAAGGCCCGGGCUCUGCUCCACGUCCGGAACCAGCUGCUGCGGGAGUGCCUGGCUGAGCUGCUGGGCGUCUUCGUGCUCAUCCUAAUCACUCUGGGAGGCUCAGCACAGAUGCUCACCAGCUCAGAGACAAAAGGGAACAUCCUCACUGCCAGCCUGGCGGGUGCCCUGGCUGUCAUGGUGGCCAUCUACACAGCAGGAGGAGUCUCUGGGGCCCACCUGAACCCUGCAUUUUCCUUCGCCAUGUGCCUGCUGGAGCAGUUUCCCUGGUGGAAAUUUCCCAUCUUCGUGGCCGUGCAGAUCUUGGGAGCUUUCCUUGCCUCUGGAGCCGUCUACGCCCUCUACUAUGAUGCCAUCUGGUCCUACAGCAAUGGGACCCUCACAGUCUCCGGCCCCCGGGAAACCGCCUCCAUCUUUGCCACCUACCCCGCCGACCACCUCUCCCUCUCCAACGGCUUCUUGGACCAGGUGAUGGGCACAGCGGUGCUGAUCAUGGGCAUCCUGGCCAUCCUGGACACCCGCAACAAGGGCGUCCCCAAGGGCCUGGAGCCGGUGGCCGUGGCCCUGCUGGUCUUCGCCAUCAGCGUCUCCAUGGGCUUCAACUGCGGCUGCCCCAUGAACCCCGCACGGGAUUUCGGGCCCCGGCUCUUCACCUACGUGGCAGGUUGGGGUGCAGGGGUCUUUAGCAGGGGCAACGGCUGGUGGUGGGUGCCGGUGGUGGCUCCGCUGCCGGGGGCCGCGCUGGGCUCGGCGCUCUACCAGCUCUUCGUGGCUUUCCACCACCCGAGGGAGGAGGAGGAGGGGGACCAGGCCCAGCAGGGCUCCCUGGUCCUCGUCAACGCCGCCGCCCACCCGGCCACUGAGAUACCCCUCGAGAAGAAGGAUCCCAGGGAGCUGCAGCCCCAGAAGUGA